AUGCUAUCGAUACUCUUGCAGAAUUCAUCUUCUGUCUACUUCUCGGUGAUUGCCAGCCUCACCGCGGCGCUGCUGCUAUGGGACACCCUACGUAGCUGGUCCCGCCUGUCUCAUGUGCCGGGGCCCUUCUGGGCCGCCCUCUCCAAGUACUGGAUGGUGUCCCAAUCCCUCAAAGGCCAGCAGCCCUACGCAAUCCAAGAAGCAAACGAGAAAUAUGGUUCGCUAGUACGCAUUGGGCCGAACGAGCUGGCCACGGAUGAUCCGGAGAUGCUGCGACGCAUGAUGGCUGCCAAUUCGAAAUAUUCUCGUGGGCCAUGGUACAAUGCGCUGCGGUUUGAGCCCGGCAAGGACAAUCUGUUUUCCAUGCGAGACGACAACGAACAUAUGAAACUGCGUAAUAAAAUGGCGCCUGGUUAUUCGGGCAAAGAGAAUGAAUCCAUGGAGCGCACAAUCGACGAGCAUAUCACGCACCUCAUCAAUCUUAUAGAAGACAAAUAUGUAUCCACGCACGGGCAAUAUCGGCCCGUAGAUAUUGCUCGCAAAGUGCAGUACUUCACUCUGGAUGUCAUCAGUGACUUGGCAUUCGGGCAAGCUUUCGGGUACAUGGAACGUGAUGAUGACGUUUUUGACUUUAUAAAAAUUACCCGAUCCUUCUUUCCCAUUACUUUGGUCAUGGCAAACAUCCCAUUUGUUGUCACGCUGCUACAUUCCCCUCUUUUCAGAGGCCUGUUGCCGAAAGAAAGCGACCGGGUAGGAUUCGGCGCAUUCAUUGGCGUUGCAAACGACAAAGUGGAUGAGCGGUUCGGGCCAAAUGCUACGUCGAAACGCGACAUGCUUCAAUCAUUCAUACGGCACGGCCUGAGUCAAGAGGAGGCUUCUCGCGAAUCGCUACUGAAUGUUGUUGCCGGGAGUGACACCACAGCAACCACCAUCCGAAUUAUGCUGCUGUCUCUUCUGAGUAACCCAACCGCUUAUGCUAAACUGCAGAGGGAGAUUGACGAUAGCAUUGCGGCCGGCACCAUCUCUUCGCCUGUGACAAACACUGAAGCUCGUCAGCUGUCUUACCUGCAGGCAGCUAUCAAAGAGGGCCUUCGUCUGAAGGCUCCUGCGGCCGGACCGCUCUUCAAGACUGUGCCUCCGGAGGGGGACUUGAUCGAUGGAAAGCAAAUACCCGGAGGAACGCAGAUCGGAACCUCGCCCUUUGCGAUAUAUCACUCCAAAGAGGUAUUCGGCGAAGAUGCCAGCCUGUUUCUGCCAGAGCGCUGGCUCGAGGCGGAUGAGCAUCGCGUCGGUCUAAUGUCUCGCGUUGUUGAUCUUGUUUUCUCUGCUGGCAAGUAUCAGUGCCUGGGUAAGCCUGUGGCGUUGAUGGAGCUAAACAAAUUCUUUGUCGAACUUAUGAGGCGUUUCGACUUUGCCAUGGCCAGGCCCGAAAGACCCUUGAACAUUGUAAAUGCUGGUAUCUGGCUUAUCGAAGACUUUCCCGUCCGAAUCACUCGACGCGAGCCAGUCUCGACUUGA